AUUGCAUAAUUUUUUUUUUUUUAUUUAAGUUGAAUUAUGUCUAUGAGUCAUAUAAAAUUUUCCUCCUUUACACUAUCAUAUAUAAUAUUAUAUCGUAUCGGUAGAUCAGUUUCCACGCACUCAAAGACGGCUUUCGUGAAUCCUCGAUCAUGACUCACGCAUAGUUUCACUCGUUCUUGUUUCACUCGUUCCACUGGCUUUCCUCCUCUUCCGUCCGCCUCUUUACCGCACUACCUUCAAUUCUGUCUGUGUCGGUUUAAGUAGUAGACUUCGAGCCGGUGAUCGAGUACGAAGUAAAGGAUAAAUCGACCAUAUUAAGAAGAAAAAGAGAACAACAGUAAAAAAAUAAAAAAUAAAAGGAACAAGUUGGGUAAAAUAAAAGAAAACACAAAUGAAGGAGUGGCUUUGGAGUAACGUUGCAUGGUCAACGUGUUGUUCAACUUGUGAACGAAGAUACUUCUUAUGCUAGCCUUAAUCCUAAAAUGAUAAUGAUACUUCAAGUUACAACAGCUAUAACACUAAGCACAAAAUAUAGCUAUCCAAAGUCGCUUAUCAGCAGCUGGCUGAUAACAAAAUUGUUACGACGAGGCUUGACUAUCGUAUUGAGAGAAGAAAUCAACGAGUUAUUUCUUUGCGGGCGUAACGUUGUCUUAACAUUUUAAAAAAACAAUUUUUUUGUAAUAUAAACGGUUACUAAUGUGUUUUAUGUAAAAAAAAGAAGACAGAACACGAACAACUUGGUCUGAUUAUCAACGUGAAAAAUUUGAUUUAAAAAAUUGUUAAGUUGAUAAUUUAAAGUGAACUUGAUAAGAAGUUAAAGACUUAACGCCAUGGCUGAUCGAGGUAGUCGUGUUGUUGAACAACGUAGUGUCGAACGUGUUCAACCAUCUCAAGGUUUAGUUGGAUCAAGAAAAAAUUUUCUAAUAGUUGGAUCUCAAAAAAAUAAUGAGUUUGAACGGGAGGAUGUAAAGAAUACCGAAUCAUCAACAUUUGAUAAUCUCAAGCAAUGGGAAUUAAUUGAAGGUGAUCGAGGUCUUAGAGUUGUUGAAAAACGACCAGCUUUAGAAUGUUCAUUACCACAGAGUUUUGACAAAUAUUCUAUACCUUGUUCGCCAUCAGUUUCUCAAAAAUUUCCAACAGAUAUUGAAGUUGAAAGAAGCUUAUGGAAUGAAGAUAUCGUACAAAAGUUUAAAGCUUUUGAACGAUCUAGUAUUAUUAAAACUGUAUCACCUCCAAUCAAACCAAUGAAUAAUAAAAGUAAGAAUGGUGAAGCUAAUUGUGAGAAUCCAAUAAAACUGGAUACUAUUUUAAAAACUGAAAAUCCACCUGUGAAUCAUAGUAUAGACAUGCUGGAUCAGCUGGAACGGCAGGUUAAAGCCAUUGAAAUGGGGACUAUUGCUGCUCGUACUAAAUUACGUGACAGUACAGAUUUGCAGCCUCAAAUUCAACUGCGUUAUCGUGAACAUGAGGAUUUGUUAAACAAUGUUACUGAUGAUGAAAUCGAUGGGGCAUCGCCGCUACAACGAGGUGAGGCUAUGCGAAAUUCUACGGGAAAUGCAGCAAUCAAAAGACCAGCAGUCAAGUUAUCAAGAACAGCAUCAGAUACUAGACGUGGUCAGGAAACAGAAAUGCCUUUGAAAGUUCAAUCAAGAGCCCAGCAGUUAGCAAGGGUAGUAAGACCUGUAGUAGUUAAAAAAAGUGAUUCUCGUCACCGUCCUGAAGUUAGUGGAACCCUGAAACCUCUCACCGACAUCAUGCAGAAAACUAUUCAAGCUCAUCAUAAGACUGGAGAUGGCGUGGGAGUAUCAAGCAGUGGGGGUCGACUUUCCUCAAGGAGUCGAACCUCCGAAGAACCACACAUUGGCAAAUACAAAUUACUAAAAACAAUCGGUAAAGGUAAUUUUGCCAAAGUAAAACUUGCUAAACAUAUACCAACUGGAAAAGAAGUGGCUAUUAAGAUAAUCGAUAAAACUCAAUUGAACCCAGGCAGUCUUCAAAAGCUCUUUCGUGAAGUAAGGAUAAUGAAGAUGCUUGAUCAUCCAAAUAUAGUAAAGUUGUUUCAAGUUAUUGAAACAGAAAAAACAUUAUACUUAGUAAUGGAAUAUGCAAGUGGUGGUGAAGUAUUUGAUUACUUGGUAUUACAUGGAAGAAUGAAAGAAAAAGAAGCUAGAGCCAAGUUUAGGCAGAUAGUAUCUGCUGUGCAGUACUGUCAUCAGAAGAAAAUAAUUCAUAGAGAUUUAAAAGCUGAAAAUCUUUUAUUAGACAGUGAAAUGAAUAUUAAAAUAGCUGAUUUUGGAUUCAGUAAUGAAUUUACACCGGGUAAUAAAUUGGAUACAUUUUGUGGUUCACCACCUUAUGCAGCACCUGAAUUAUUUCAAGGAAAAAAAUAUGAUGGUCCUGAAGUGGAUGUAUGGUCAUUAGGAGUUAUUCUCUAUACAUUAGUAUCUGGCUCACUGCCAUUCGAUGGUUCAACGUUACGAGAGUUAAGAGAAAGAGUAUUAAGAGGGAAAUACCGAAUUCCUUUUUAUAUGUCAACUGACUGUGAAAAUUUAUUAAAAAAAUUCUUGGUGCUCAAUCCGACGAAACGGGCCUCAUUAGAGGUACGUGGUGAUAAGAACAUAAUGAAGGAUAAAUGGAUGAAUAUGGGCUAUGAAGAUGAUGAAUUGAAACCGUACUUAGAACCAGAACCCGAUUAUAAAGACCACAAGAGGAUAGGUGAGUCUGCCAAAGCCCUUGCUAUUAUGGGAUACUCAAGAACUGAAAUUGAAGACUCAUUGGGACAAGCUAAAUAUGAUGAUGUAUUUGCCACUUACCUUUUACUUGGACGUAAAACUACUGAUCCUGAGAGUGAUGGCUCGCGGUCAGGUAGCUCAUUAUCACUGCGUAACAUUCCACCACAAGCUAGUUCAGGUGCAGGAGGUGGUAGUGGAGGAAGUACUGGUGGCACAGUUCAAAGCCCUUCGCAUAGAGGUGUACAUCGUAGCAUUUCUGCAAGUAAUGCUAAACCCAGUAGACGUGCGUCUGCUGGUGUAGAAACUCUUCGUGGAGUACCAAGUCCAGGUAAUGCAACGAACCAUAACCAUGCAUCAACUGUCACUGGUGGAACAGUAACUGCUAGUAGUGGUAGUAAUUUUAAACGUCAGAACACCGUUGAUGCAGCGACUAUUAAAGAAAACAGUGCCCGUGUCUCAUCGACACGAACAUCAGCACCUAAAAAUAAUCCAGGGCAGCUUGAUACCAUGACAAUGUUUAUUCUAGGCGUCGGUACGAGUCCUGGUGGUAAAGGAAGAGUUGGAAAGAGUAAUACUAUAAAUGCAGGGGUAGGUGGUGUACGACCUCUUACUUCCCCUGCUCCCGGCUCCGUUGGUCGACGCAGUACUAUCUCUUAUGAUCAAGCUAAAACGUCCUCUUCAUCUACCGAGAGAACUAAUGACGUACCUAGCUUAACCGAGGGCCCUAGGCCAACGCGAGGUCAUAUCAAGUCUGCCAGCAUCAGUGCAAGUCACAGAUCUACGAGUGGUGUAGCUCCCAGUGAUCAAUCGCUACUGGAUACUCAACCACGGAAUGUUCACAACUCCUUACUCACAUCGACUGACCCUCUUAGGCAGAGCAUGGGAGUAUCUCCAAGCAGCAGAUUGGCAACCCCGACGACACCGGCAUUUCCACGAAAUGUACCAAGUCGCAGUACGUUCCAUUCUGGCCAAAAUCGAGCGCAGAGAAAUCAUACUCAGGGACAUACCCAUACACAGGAUACAAGUGCGAUAAGUCCACUGGCAAGACCAUCAUUUUUUUCGAAAUUGUCGUCAAGGUUCUCUAAACGCGCCAUGGACCAAACAGCACCCCCGAAGCAUCCAGUUGUAAGCGGAGCAACGACUAACGAUGAACAAGUUAAACCACGUAGCUUACGUUUUACUUGGAGUAUGAGGACUACGAGUAGUCGAGACCCGAAUGAUAUUAUGGAGGAAAUACGUAAGGUACUGGAUGCGAAUAAAUGUCAAUAUGAACAGCGAGAACGGUUUCUCUUAUUAUGCGCACAUGGAGAUGCAGCAACAGAUAGUCAAGUUCAAUGGGAAAUAGAGGUUUGCAAAUUACCUCGGCUUUCAUUGAAUGGUGUACGAUUUAAGCGAAUACUGGGUACAUCAAUAGGAUUUAAGAAUAUUGCCAGUAAAAUAGCUAAUGAACUCAAGCUGUGACUGCCGGCUGCGGGUGGUUUAACCACUAAUGUUAAUCCAUAACCCUUUCGUGAAUUAAAUCACUCAUUGACAGAUGACAAGGAUUUAUCAUAUUACUAUUAUGCCUGGAAUUCAGACUCAGACUCUGAUGAAUCAGAUACACGAGAAGUAUUUGUUUGAUUGUCUUUUAAUCCUGUAACAAUUAACUAAAAAUGUCUUAAAAAAAAAAAAAGAAAAACGCGUAAUAAUUAUCAUGAUUGAAAGAUGUUAAUGGAAUUAAUGAAUAGUUGAAAUCAAUAUGAUUUAAAGAUCUAACUCUAAUUAUGGACGAUUGUCUUUUCGUAAUCAUUCAUUUCCCUUCCAUCUUUCCCGUGUGCCAAACAAUAAGGCCCGGUUUUUAACUUUUUUUUUCAUGGGAUCAAAAUAAAUUAUUAUUAUUAUUUUAAUUAUUAUUUUAAUUAUUAUUAUUAUUAUUAUUAUUAUUAUUAUUAUUAUUAUUAAUUUAAUCAAUUAUUCUACGAUAAUUUCUACAUCAGAACAUGAAACUAAACUUAAUGGUCGUGAUAUAAAAAUUUUUCCUCUAUCUCAUAACUCAUCACUACGUUAUGAAACGAUUCAAUAAAUUAAUUUUAAUCGAACUAUUAAAAAAAAUAAAAAAACGUCAUGGGUUUUUUCGUAGUUGAUUUUCAUCUAUCGAAUUCAUGAUACCCACAGGAAACCCUUGGGAUAAUUAUUGUACCUGUUAAUGAUCUAAUAAAAUGCAUAAAAACGUC